AUGAAAAGAAAUAAUAAUAAUAGUUAUAAUAAUAAAAUAAAUAAUGAUUUAAAUAGUAAUUAUAAUGCUAUAAAUUCAAUUUAUUAUAGUCUAAAUUUAGAAAACCAAUCAACAAAAAAAGAUUUAAUUUUAAAAAAUAAGUUUAAAAGAUUAUUUUUUUUAAUUUUUUUUUUAAUCAUAUUUUUAAUUUUUAUUUAUUUUAUCAAAAUUUCAAAUAAUAGUAAUAAAUAUGCUAUUAACAAUGAAUAUAAUAAUUCAAUAAAAAAAUUAAAAAAUAAUAAACUAAAUAAUAUAAAUUUUUAUAAUAAUACAAUUUUUAAAGAAUAUUGCAAUAAUUUUAAUAAAAUAAAUAAUAAUAAUAAUAAUAAUAAUAAUAAUAAUAAUAAUAAUAAUAAUAAUAAUAAUAAUAAUAACGGUAAUAGCGAAUGGUGCACAUUUAAUAUCAAUUUACCAGAUUAUUCAUGCACACCAAUAUCAAAAAAAAGAAUUAAUAAUUUUAUAUAUGAUACCGAUUUAAAUUUAUAUAAAGAAGAGUUUUUAGAGAAGCCACUUGUAUCAGUCAUAAUUCCAUUUUAUAAUACUAAUCCGCAAUAUUUAGACGAGUGUUUAGAUUCAUUACUUAUUAAACAGUCUUUAAAAUCAAUCGAAGUAAUUCUAAUAGAUGAUGCAUCAGAUUUAAAAGAGUCAAUAAUAAUGUAUAAAAAAUGGUUAGAUAAGGAACCAGUGCGAUUUAAGGUGUUUAUAAAUUCAAUUAAUAAAGGGUUACCACAAUCUAGAAAUAUAGGUGUAUAUCAUUCAAGAGCAGAUUAUAUAUUCUUUUUUGACUCCGACGAUUUAUUAGAACCAACAUCUCUAGAGAAAAUGUAUUGGAAGCUUCUAACAUCAAGUCAUAUCGAGUUUACCAAGGGCUAUGUUAUAGGUUUUAGUGCCCUAAAUUAUGUAUGGAAUAAAAGUUUUGAAGAAAGGUUAUUAUUUAAAAAAGAAAAUCCAACAACAUUUUCAAUUAUGUAUAAAAGAUCAAUUUUUGGUAAAAAGUUAAAUAUUACAGUAAUAAAAGAAAUCGAUUUUGAUUACCCAGAGAAACUUUUAGAAUUUCAAUUAGAUCCAACAAUUAGGGAUGGAAAUGAAGAUUGGGACUUCCAUUUAAAAUGUGCAGAGCAUGGUUAUUGGGGUGAAACUAUUCCAGAGUAUUUUGAUUGGUAUAGAAGAAAGGAUAAAAGAAAAUCAGAAAAAGAUUGGAAGAAUCAGAAAUCAAUUGAAAAGAAAAAUUUUAUUAAAGAAUUAACAAAUAAAUAUCCAAAGAUAUACAAAGAUCUUUACUUUCCAAAUCCAAUUAGAGACAUUCAAGAAACAAGUCAUAAAAUUAACAAGCAAUAUAUAUAUGGGUCAUCACGAAUUAAUACACUAUUGAAAAAUAAUAAACCAAGGCUACUUCUUAUUAUACCGUGGUUAAAUACUGGUGGUGCUGAUAAAUUUAAUUUAAAUCUGUGUAAACAAUUAGUCGAAAAUAAUUGGGAGAUCUCAAUCGCUACAACACUUCAAUCUGAUAAUCCGUGGCUCUCUUCAUUUCAACAAUAUACCCAAGAUAUAUUUUUAUAUAAUGAUAGGUUUCUAGAUUACAGCGAUUAUCCACAAUUCAUAUGUUAUUUAAUAAAUAGUAGAUCAAUUGAUAUUACACUUAUUUCAAAUAGCGAAUUAGGUUAUGUUUUAAUGCCAUUUAUUAAAAGCAAUUGCCCAGGUUCACAGCUAUUAGAUUAUAAUCAUAUGGAGGAGGAAAACUGGAGAAAUGGCGGUCAUUCAAGAUUAUCUUUAUCAUUGUUUAGUUACUUAGAUCACAGUUUAGUAUCAUCAAAUCAUUUAAAAAACUGGAUGAUAAAUAAAUACGCCAAUGAAAACCAAGAUGUAGCAAAUUUAGAAACACUCGAUAAAUUAAGAGAAUCAAUUUCAGUGGUUUAUAUAAAUGUUGACACACAAGAGUUUAAAAGAAACACAACAGAAAGAAAAAUUAUUAGGGGCCUGUAUGAUAUUAAAAGUGAUCAAGUUGUAAUACUAUUUGCUGCAAGGUUAACAAAUCAAAAGAAUCCAAUUGAGGUAUUAGAAAUCGUUAAACUUUUAAAAGACUCUUUCGAAAACAGUGAUGAUACUUUGCAUUUUAAAGUACUGGUAGUUGGAGAUGGACCACUUAGACCCAAUGUAGAAGAAUUAAUUAAUAGGUAUGGUUUAAAUGAAGUAGUUGUAAUGCUAGGAGAUGUACCUCCAAAUGACAUGGUAUCCAUUAUAUCAGCAUCAGAUAUUGUAUUUUUACCAAGCGAAAAUGAGGGUAUAUCUAUGAUAUUUUAUGAAUCUAUGUCAAUAGGGUUAGUUCCUGUUGGGAGUAAUAUUGGAGGUCAAAAUGAAUUGGUAUCACCAGAUUGUGGAUUUUUAAUAGAUAAAAAAAACAUAACAGAUAAUAGUGUAAAUAAUAACAAUAUAAAAGAAAAUAAAUACCAUCAGGAAUAUAUUAAAAUAUUAAAUAAUUUAAUAUCAAAUCCAAAAAAAAUUAUUAAAAUGGGUAAUCAAUGUAAAGAUAAAAUAAUUUCAAAAUUUCAAAUCAAUCAAAUGGGUAGAAAAGUAAUUUCAAAAUUUUGUAAAACAAUAUCAAAUACAAAAGACAAUCACUAUAUAGAAUCAUCAUUAGUUGACGAAUUUACAGUUCAGUCCAUAGAAAAAAUUAAAUUGGAUAGAUGGUUUGAAAUAUCAAAAAAAGAUUUUAAUAGAUUAUAUUCAUUAGAACAAGAUUAUAAAAAAUUAAAGCAAAGUUUUGAUCAAUUAUCACUAAAUAAAUAAAAUUAUAAAAAUUAUAUUUUUUUAAUUUU